AGAGGAGAGAGAAAAAUGAAGAGUGAUAAUUUAGAAGGGGAGGCGCUUUAUUACUUUUUUAUGUUGCACGCAUCCAUGGACGAAGAGGGAAAGGAGAGAGCAGGAGCAAGAGAUGGACGAAGAGAGAGGGAAGGAAUGGAUUAAUGGAUGAUGAGGAACGAGGAGAGCAGGAGAGAGUUCCCUUGGCUCGCAUGAGAUGGAGGGAGUAGCUUUCUUCGAGUAUAAAAAGUUUUCUGUUUCUGCUCUCUGAUUGUUUUCUUCUUCUCUGCGAAUUGAGAUCGGAGAGGAGAGGUAGAUCUGGUUUCUUGCAUGAAGUGGUCUUAGAUGAGGGGUUUUCCUUUUCAUGGAGCACUGGAGGGAGAUUUAGAGGGGAGCCAAGCAUUUCUUUGGGUGGCCAAGAGGCCCAAGUUUGGGAUCCACGAAGUUUUGGAGCCGAGAUCGGUGCUUGAUCAUAGGAGCCCUAGCCCUCCUGCCUCCACAGCUACACUGUCUUCUUCCCUGGGCGGCUCCGGCUCAUCUGACACCGCCGGAGUGGCGGCGGUCUCUGAUAGUUCGGCCAAGAAGUCGGUCAUCUCCGACACUGCCGGCGAAGUGGGCGGCGGUGCGGGCUGGAAGGAUGAAUGGGCGGCCGAGCUGCAGCCCAUACCUGCCGGUCUCGACGUGGGCUUCGAUACAAAUGGUGCAAAAUGCGGUCUUGGAGUCGUCGACUGGGAGACGAUGCUGUCCGAGAAUUCUGCGGUCUCCCCCGUCCGUGAGCAGACGUUUCUCGGGUGGAUCAUGGGCGACGUUGACGACCCUGCCUCAGCCCGUUUGAGGCAACAACAGAUCCUCCCUCAGGGUCCGUCGGAUUUCGGUGGAAACAAUGGCGGCAUGGGUUUGGGGAUUCUUGACCCGAGCAAUUGCAGGGUGGAAGACGAGGAGUCAAUCGCAGUCUCUAAGGGUAUCUCUGUACUUCACAACACUGUUGGCGGUGGCCUUCCGUUCAUGAACAAUAAUAGCUGUGUUUCGCUGCCCUCCGUCGGCUCUGGAAUCAAGGGGAUCCCCAUGAUCCACCAGGCCGGUAGUCAGCAUAUCUCACAGUCUAUGCCGCCGCUGGAUAACAACUUCAUGCAGUCACUCUCCUUUCCACCGGGCAUUUACUUACCUGACACUGUGGACGAGAAGCUGCAGUUGUUUGGCACCGGCGUUAUCUUAAACCAGCAACCAGCCAACCCAAAUCCGCCCAUCUUUCUCAGUGUAGGCCAGGCAGAGCAUCCCGUGCCGCACCUCAUCUCCCCUACAGAACCGAAGUGCCACCUACCGAUGGAGGACGAAUAUAUAACGAAACUCCCUUUUCUUGAAUCCGGUGGAAGCUCGGAACUCUUUCCUCGGCGGCAAUCGUACCAGCAGCAUCUGCAAAAUCUAGGAUUUCCACUGCCUCAGCUCCAGCAAAGGUUAGUGAAGCCCAAGUUAUCAGAUUUCGGUGAGGAUAUGGCCACGCCUGUAGCCGUGCAGCAGCAGCAGCAGCUACUACAGGCAUUGGUUGACCAGCUUAUCGAAGCUGCUAAGAUGGUCGAGGCUAAGAACUUCGAUGGCGCACACGGGAUAUUGGCGCGGCUCAAUCACCAGCUCCCCUCCCCACUGGGCAAGCCCCUAAUCCGCUCUACCUUUUAUUUCAAGGAGGCAUUGCAACAUAUACUGUGUCACGGGCCUAGUCCUGUUACCUCUUCCAAUUCAACCUCCCACCAUCAACCGGGUCCAUUCUCAACUCCCAUGUCGAUGCAAUUUGACAUUGUGCACAAGCUUGGUGCAUACAAAGCAUUCUCUGAGGUCUCUCCCAUCAUCCAAUUCUCUAACUUUACCUGCAUUCAGGCCCUUUUGGAAGAGCUCAGGAGCUUUGAUCGGAUCCAUAUCGUGGACUUUGACAUUGGCGUUGGUGGGCAAUGGUCUUCCUUCAUGCAGGAGCUAGCACAGCGACGAUGCUCUUCAAAUCCAGUGCAGAUGCUAAAAAUUUCAGUCCUUGUGUCUGAUUACUUACAGAACAACCUGGAGCUUCAGCUCGUACGCGAUAGCCUCUCCCUUUUUGCGAAUGACCUUGACAUUCCCUUUGAGUUUUACUUCCAUAGCCUUGAAUCAUUUGAUCCCUUGGAGUUCCAUUGCAUUGGAGGUGAAGCCAUUGCUGUAAACCUUCCUAUAGUUGGCUAUGGGAAAUUUUCCUUCCCGUCCAUUCUCUGCCUUGUCAAGCAGCUCUCCCCGAAGAUUGUCAUCUCAGUUGACCAAGGUUGCGAUCGUAGUGACUUGCCAUUCUUGCAGCAUUUCCUGCAUGCUUUUCAAUCCUCUAUGGUUCUUAUGGAUUCCAUUGAUGCGUCUGGAACUAACCAAGAUAUGACUGCUAAGAUUGAAAAAUUCCUGUUACAGCCAAGGAUAAAAAGUUCUGUUCUUGGACGAUACCAUUCUAAUGAUAAAAUACUUCCCUGGAGAACACUCUUUACCACCUCAGGUUUUAUCCCUAUUCAACUAAGCAAUUUCUUGGAGACACAGGCUGAUUGCCUUUUGAAGAGAGUGCAGGUGAGAGGGUUCCAUGUGGAGAAGCGACAGUCUACAAUUUACCUCUACUGGCAGCGCAAGGAGCUUAUCUCAGUGUCAGCUUGGAGGUGCUGAAGAUGAACUACCUGGUUACAGGCAUGUUAUCCUCAUGUUUGAUUCUUGAAUAUCUGUAGCAAAAGUUGGCAACUUAGGUAAUUCCAUCAUGGUUUUAGAUGUUGUCAUAACUUAAUCCUCUAUAUGGUAACUGCUUUGUUGUCUUAGUGUUGUCUUGCUGGUUAUAUCACCUUAUUUAUGUCCGUUAAAUCUUAACGGUAUUUGCUUCAAGCAAAAUGACAUUGUUACAUUGGAUAUCUACGGGAGUUUUAUCUUUUAUUUCAA